CCGUUGCUACACUUCACCUAACCUAAACCCGAUACCAUUGUUCGGAGCCACGUCAGUAAACUAGUACAGUAGGAAGGUCAUAGCAGAUAGACCUAACAGAGCCACGUCAUCGUAGUAGAAGGAAGUCAUAGCAGAUAGAGCUAACAGAGAGUCGUUUUUCGUCUCAAUCGGUAGUAACCGCCACACUCACCGCGCGGCUUCUCGCAAUCCCUUAUUCUUUCGCGCCACCAGGUCACGACUCCUGAAACAUAUCCGUGCAGUAGGGAAACGAGAUAGACGGCUCAGUCUAGCGUGCGCUGCAUUCCCUUGAGCCCGCUACCUCUCUGUUUCGUCCUCGCACUCAUUGUUCAGCUCACUUUAGUCCUCGCAUUGUACUUCAAGCCGCCGGCAGUGCCGCCUCCGCGCGUAGGCUACCUGCGCAGCGCAGCAUGUUUCCCGGCGCCGCAGAUGCCGGCGCGGCAUCGACGCUCGUUCCGACGCGCUUCGUGUGGCCGCAUGGGGGGCGGCACGUCCAUCUCUGCGGCUCGUUCACGCGGUGGCAGGAGACCCUACCCAUGGCGCCGGUGGAGGGCUCUAGCUCCAUCUAUGCCGUCGUCUGGAACUUGCCUCCCGGUUACCACCAGUACAAGUUCAUUGUGGAUGGCGAGUGGCGCCACGACGAAUCUCAGCCAUUCAUGCCAGAUCCCCUGGGCAACGUCAACAACUGGCUGCUCGUGCGGGACUCCGACCCCAACGCCCACCCGCCCUCCGCUGCUGCUGCUGCCGCCGCCUCCCCUGCUGCCACCGGCCCAUCCGGAUUGACCGGAGCUGCCCCGAGCCUGCAAGAACGUGGGGGGAUAGGGGAAGGGGGGGGGUGGGUGCGCAUAUGGAUGUGGACGGGGUUGAGGUGACAACGACACACCCACAGCACCAUCACUUACCGGGGGCAGGGCACCAGCACCACCACCACCACGCAGGGGCAGGGGGAGGAGGGGCAGGGGGAGGGGGGCACUCACACCAGCAAGCACACUCGCACACACACUCCCACCAUGGCAUUGGGCUCGGGCCCAGUGUGGUAACGUCACAGCACACCCCCGCACACAUAGACGGGCACGGUCACACGGCCGCACACGUGGCAGUGGCCAGUCAGCAAACUGUCACGCAGGCAUCGCAGCAGCAGGGGGGCGC